CAGAGGCCGUCACAAGCUCGUCACAAGCAAUAAAAUCGAGUUCUCAGAUAGAGGUAGCGACAGUAUUACUUCUGUUGAGCCGUGUUGCACGACAUACAAAUAACAUGUUGGUAAGCCAAUUUCGAGCUUUAAAAGCGACUUCGCUUCUGAGGCCCCAUUUGUUCAAAGCGGGAACAGUGUUUAAUCUGCGCUUGUUCUCCACAUCCACCGCCAAGAAUGCGUUCCGACGCUCUUCUCCGGCCACAACUAUCGGUAGUCGCCGGACUGUGGCAGAGACAAUACAAACUCUAAACGGCGGCGAGGCUGUAGGUAGUGCUGCCGGGGCAAGUGCAAAGCCUGCAGGCGCGUUUCUAUGGCAACUAGCCGGUGUUGGUGCUGUAGUAGGCCUGGGUGUGGUCGCGCUAGAUGGCCUACGCGAGGGUAGUGUGUCCACCGACGGCGCUGCACUCAAGUUCACUAAAGGUGUCUCACAGCGUAUCACCUCCACGUACGGCUAUGUGCUGGCUGGAUUGGGUGUUACUGCAGCCACAGCAACACAAAUCGUUCGCUCAGGCUUCCACUACCGUCUGAUGAGCGUCAACCCCAUCGGACUCGCAAUCGGGUCUUUUGCGCUUACAAUGGGGGCAUUUUUCGUCACUAAAUCGGCCUCUGAUCCGGUCACUCAGCAUGCAGCGUGGUUGGCAUUUAAUGCGUCUGUAGGUCUAUCCUUAUUCCCUGUUGCACUAAUGGGCGGCGCUUUAGUACAGAAAGCGGCGAUGGGCACGGCUGCUGUUGUGGGCGCUAUCUCGUUGGUCGCUGCUACUACUAGAAGCGAUGCACACAUUGGCAUGCGAGGGGGUCUCGCCGUAGGCCUGGGCGUGGUCAUGGCCGCCAGUUUCGGGUCGCUGUUCUUCCCCGCGUCACCCAUGCUACACAACGUGAUGAUCUACGGAGGUCUGGCUGUCUUCGGUGGUCUAACGUUCUACGACACGCAGCAUGUCAUGGCUAAAGCCAAGACGCAACCGUAUUUCAACCCGCUCUCUGAGUCCAUGAAGAUAUACUUGGACAUCGUCAAUAUCUUUACGCGUAUUGUUAUGAUCCUGGGUGGUGGCGGUAACAAGCGAAAGUAGACGAGUGUUGUAAUAGUUGGUGCUGGUACUACAGGGCGAGGCCAGGCCUGAGUGGUCGCCUAUGCUGAUGUAAGCCAUUCAUCAGGCUAUAUAUAUAUAUAUAUAUAUAUAUAUGUGUGUUUGUAUGUAUGUAUAUAUAUAUAUAUAUGCAAGGUAUAUAGGUAUUCGACAUUACUCAGUAUACACGCGCCUACUGGAAUAUGACAUUGCAUAGGCGAAGCCGGGCCGCCACGGCCGCUCAAAUAACCCACCCUCUAGUAGAUCAGUGGAUUAACCGUAGUGGAAUCGUCGAGGGAAGACCAAACUUUGGAAAGGUGUCAGUAGGGGUGUCGGUGAAAUCGUUCCCCAUCAUCGAAGGGGCACAGUAGCGACGUUGCGGUAGACUUGUGGCAUUGUUUUAGCGUUUAAACGUUGGAACGUUAGAGAGACCCGCCCGCAUUGGUGGGUGUAGAAAGAAGUUGCGUUGGAAGGCAUGCAUAUGCAGCGCCCACUAGAGAGGCUUUGGGGAUACAGGGACAAUAUGGUAUCAGUAUGUCAAUUCGUUAACGGUCAGUCUGUCGGCUAUCUUGCAAGCUUUAGUAGAUUACCCAAUUGACUACAAUAAAGUUAAGCGCAUACUAUUUCGAUAAAAAUCGGGUCGAUUCGUUUGAUGAAGUUUUACAUCUACACACGCAUAGUAAGUGGCAAGUAAACGUGUUGCACAGAACGCGAGAUGAUGUUCAGUACUCUCGUACAUACCUUGAGGCGAUCAAUUUGAUACAUAUUCACCUCCUUGGCGGUCUGGAUGAGGUUUACUUGGGCCACGAGAGUUCACGUAUGUUAAAAAACGUAUUUAUUGGAGUCGAAAAUGUAUGCAUUAAUAUAUAUUUGUCCAGCAUUGAACAAGCGUAUUGAUGUGAGCUACCAACGUGCAUGUUAGUCAAAAGGUUAUGAUGGGGCUCAUUUCUGACAGUAGAUACACCGAUGCACCGGCAUACAUCCAGGUUCACACAGACUCCUGCGUAGAUCCAUUCACAUGUGUACAUAAAAAUACAUAUAUAUAUAUAUAUAUAUGAAUACAAAUAUGUAGAUAUAGAUACAAGUAUACAUAUACGAACACUUGUGCGCAUCCAGCUUUUUGCACGAAUAGAUUUGUAGAUGUUCUCAUGCACAUGAGUCAGUAAGUCAAUUUAUGUAAACCCAUGUCGAAAGUCAAUGCAUACAUUCAAAUUUAGAAUAUUUUGUGACUAUGGCGGUAGUCGCAAAUUGGAAGCAAAUCCGAUCCGUUCACUAAACUCGUUCAGUGGGUGGAGGUAGAGCUCUGAGAUCUAUAAGAAUUGAAUCAGUUGUUUUGGCAUUUCUUUCUCGAUAAACUAAAUAUAUAAAUAAAC